GGCGGAGACGAGCCGAGGGUGAAGCGUCAUCGGCUCCUGUCAGACUCUUCAUUCUCUGUCGGAGCUUCGACCUUCAUCCGCUGCCGGAGACGUUUGUCUCCGAAUCAUCGGGUCAAGAUGAGGCUUUUGGUUCUUCUGUUCCUCCUGGAGAUCCACGCUGCUGCUGCAGUGUUCCAUUCACUCAGGUAUUUUUACACUGCAUCAUCUGGAGUUCCAAACUUCCCUGAGUUCGUGGCUGUUGGUUUGGUGGACGACGUUCAGAUCAUUCACUACGACAGCAACAGCAGGAGAGCUGAACUCAAACAGGACUGGAUGAAGCAAGUCAUCGCCGAUGAUCCAAGUUAUUUAGAGACACAGACACAGGUUGCUUUUGGUUCACAGCAGGUCUUUAAGAGCGCCAUUGAAAUUCUAAAACCACGAUUCAACCAAACUGGAGGUGUUCACACGUAUCAGUGGAUGUAUGGCUGUGAGUGGGACGAUGAGACCGGAGAGGUCAGAGGUUAUCAUCAGUUUGCUUAUGAUGGAGAAGACUUCAUCGCGUUGGACCUGAAGACUCUGACAUGGAUCGCUCCAACGCCACAGGCUGUCAUCACCAAACACAAGUGGAACAGUGAUGAGGGUUAUAACAAACGGCAGCAGUACUACUACACCCAGAUCUGUCCUGAGUGGCUGAAGAAGUAUCUGAACUACGGCAAGAGCCGCCUGCUGAGAACAGAGCUUCCAAGAGUGGCUCUCCUCCAGAAGGAGCCCACCUCUCCAAUCGUCUGCCACGCCACAGGUUUCUUCCCCGCAAGAGCCAUGUUGUUUUGGACCAAAGACGGAGAGGAGCUUCACGAAGACGUGGACGUGGGAGAGGCUCUUCCCAACCCUGACGGAACCUUCCAGAUGAGGGCCGAGCUCAGACUGUCGGACCCGUCCGUGGACUGGGGGAGGUACAGCUGUGUGUUCCAGCUGGCUGGUGUGAUGGAGGACAAGGUGACCCCGCUGAGGAAAGAAGACAUCUGGACCAACAGAGAGCCCGACCUGAACCUGGGGCUCAUCGUCGGAGCUGUGGUGGCAGCUGUGGUCGCACUUGGUCUGAUGGUUGCUGGGUUCUUCAUCUACAGAAGAAGAAGAACUGCCAAAGCUCCUCCAUCUUCCAACAACACCUCUGAGGAGGAUCUGCCACUGAAGCCGGAGACACGCCCUCCUGCUCCUGAGUGAGUCACUUGGAUGACAUCACCCUCCCUGAUCCAUCACCUGGAGCCUCCAUCUGUGAUCAACUCAGCUCCAGGGGUUUGGAUUCUUGUCGUGCAGCAGUGAACUUGAGCCGAGCUUCAGCUGGUGAAGAGGGUCAGAGGUUGUGGACCCUCAUUUAGAAUCGUGGCUUCAUGAAUCAAUAUGGGUUUGUAGCUUUGGAAAGCAGUGAGCUGAAUGAUUUCAUCUCUAAAUCAGCGCUGGGUUAUUUUUAUUGUCUCUUGAUGGUUUAUGUUUCAUGGUUUUCAUGUGAACAACAGUGUAUAUUUGGGGAAUAUUUGGGUUUUCUCUCCUGUUUUCUUUUGCACUGAAGCUUCAGCCGCUUGUGUGACGCUUCAAUAAACUCACCCCAAAAUCUGA